AAUGAUGAUAAUGCUAAAUUAGUUUAUAUUGGAAAAAAGCAUUUCAAUUUUGGAAGGAAUGGUAAUUGGUUUUUUGGAUGUUAUUCAUAUAGGAAGAUAAAAAGAGACUGUUGAGUUAAGUGAUGCAUUCAAGAAUUAUUUAGAAAACAAGAAAAUGUUAGACAAAGGACACUUGGAACGUUCUUUAAGAAGAAAUGUUUACAAUUUUAAUUUAAUCUUAGCAGUAAUCAAAGGGUAGAAGUGAUAGUAGUGAGUCUUCAAAAAGAUAUUAUUUAAUUAAAAUAAAAAGUUUAUUUAAUUUAUUAAUCUAUUUUAGUCAUUUAGUCAUAUCUUGAUUAAUUAUUAGUAUUCUUCUCUUAGAAUUAGAAUUUAAAGAAUUAAAUAAUAAUAUAUUAAAGAAUUGAAUAAUAAUAAUAUAUUAUUAAUAUUUGAAUACAAAAUUAGAAGUACAAGUAAGAAGAAGAAAAACAAGAGAGUUGAUAACAAAUAAGUAUGGUGCACAAUUUUUAGUAAACUUGAGGCCCUGUUUACAAGUUAAGGGCAUACCACUUUUAGUAAUGACUAAAAAAUAACUACCUGUUUAAGAGUUGUUAAGAAAUUUUGAGGUUUAAGUUGAUAAAGAUGUGCUUGCUUUUAAUGAGAAUUAGGAAUUUAAAAAAUAUGAUCUUAUUGGAAUAUAUGUUUUUUAGUAAAAUAGGAAGUAUUGAAGCCUAUUUAAUUAUCAAGUUAUUUACUCUUACAUUCAUCGUCCUCAUAAUUGUAGGAGGCUUUACGUCCUCCAGUCCAUUUAUAAUUGACUAUUAAUGAUUCAAUAGUUAAUGCUAAUGCCAAGAUUAUUGAUAAACCUAUUGAUAUCCAAAGACCACUUAUCAAAGAAAUUUUAGCUUAUUAGUUAAGUAAUUAAAAUGAUGAAGAUAAUGACAGUAAUACAAUCAUUAUAUAUAUUUUUAAGACAAAAAAAGAAAAAAUAAAAGAAAAGUUGAAAAACCUUACAAGAAAUGA